AUGGAGUUGGCGUCGGACAUAAUCAACGACAUCAUUCACCCUACGGCUGCCUUCUCUGGAGCUUCACAACAUGAAAACAACCAUCACGACAUUUCCGAUACAAGGCAACGCCCAUUGGCAGACUGGGAGACUUCGCAGCUCAAUCCCAAAAACCGAAUCGACAGUCUCGAUCCUCUGCCCGACCCCCUAUGGCGCAUUGAUGGUUGCACGGGGCUCGGAACCCAGUUCUACGUGCUGCCGUUGUUCCUGGGUUCCAUACCCCCGAUGCGAAUCGAUGCCUUCAUACCAGAGCAGUCGACACAGACGCAAGAAGUUCGAGAUCUACUAGACCUAGACGUCGCUUUCCACACCAGAGAUCGUACACGAAUCCAACAACUCAGCAUUACCAAACACAUUCUUCGUACCCUACAGCAUUGGACCAGACAGCUACCCGAUCGCAACUCGCUCUUCACGUCAGUGCCGUUCGGGUCUCGAAUCGUCUUUAAAGAUCUGUCUCUUGACAUAAGGGCCAUCGAGGUCGAAGUUGCCCCGACUUACUAUCUUGAACGACAACUGCUCUCAUCCUCUGCUCUGUCUGCCAUGUGGGGCCCCGACGUCAGAAUGCCCGAGUGUAUCGACUUUUCUGAAGUCCACGUGGUCGAACAGGUUCACGACAGCGUCUGCCUGGUUCGCAUACGGGGUGACUUGUGGAUUCUCAAGGCGUUGACCAGUUACACCAAAUAUCUGUACCACGAGAUGAAACUUCUGUUGUCAGCGAAGCCGCACCCGAGCAUCAUGUCACGGCCAGCUCACCUCGUCACAAAACAGUGCACCUUCGGCAGCAAGGUAGCGGUGCUUGGCUUCACUCUUGAGUUCCACGAAUAUGGCACCAUGAGGGAUAUCGUCCCAUUCUUGCAGGCCAGCAACACAUUGACACCGCUCGAACAGUUCAAAUGGGCCACGCAGAUCGCCUCCGGCGUGCUACAUUUUCGGCAAACUUCCGGCACCUUCUAUCCUGAUCUUCGUCUCGAUAAUGUUGUCUUGUCAAAAGAUCGAGAUGCCGUCAUGGUCGAUUUUGAGCAACGUGGUGUAUGGUGCGAGUUCGCAUCCCCUGAAGUCAACGCCAUCGAAUACAUCCGCAUACUCGCCACCGACGAAAACAUGCCCGACGAACACAAAGACCGAUACAUCGAGAUCCUGCGAGGAUUAUGCCCGGACUUCGAGUCGCUCCAAGACAGGGAGGAGUACACGAACCCCGCAAACGGCUACAACAUCUGUUGGUGGAGUCUGAGCCCCGAGGAGCAAGAGGCCUCGGAGGUCUACAUGCUCGGGAGAGUGCUGUGGUGUCUCUUCGAAGGUGCGGGCUCGCCACAGCAAGCCUCCAUUUGGCAAUCCUACCGUCGAGAGGCACACAUCGAGUUCCCAGCCUACCUAAGAACGCCACCCAAACUGAGGGCUCUGAUUGAUCACUGUACCCGGGGUCGACGAGCCACUCUGAAUAGCAGAAUCGUCCGGAAGGGGAGCAAGAUGGCGUUCGUGGACGCCGAGGAGGGCGAGGAAAAACAAGACAUCAAGAAGGCCGCCGCGGCGUGGUGGAAGAAGGAGAUCGCAUGGGCAGAAGACUUCCUGGCCACGAGAGACAGGCUGCGAGGGGAGGGACGGUGGAAAGAAAACCACUUCGACAGGCCCUCGUUGCGCGACGUGCUGGACCAGCUAGAACAGCUUCAGAAAGAGAUCUGA